AUGAAUACUAAUUUAAAAUGUCACAAUCAUUGCAAUUUAACGUCAUUUACAAAAUUACAAAGUCAGAAUAUUUCAACAGAUGAAUUAUAUUAUUGGCAAGUACCAAUCGAUAUCAUUGAUUUAUACGAAUCAAAUGAAUGUGAUCCGAAGUAUGAAUAUCGAUGUACAUCGGGUAUGUGUAUUGAUAAGGAUUUUGCUUUCGAUUACACGAUCGAUUGUCUUGAUCGAAGCGACGAAAAAAGAAUACACUUUGGUAGGUGUUUUGAAAAUCCUUCGAACGAUUGCGAAGAGUUUCAAUGCGCAUGGGCGGAUAAAUAUCCAUGUGGUGAUGGAGAAUGUGUAUCGAAUGCAAUGACUGAAUCAGAGAAAGAGGCAGAUGUUUGUUCCAAUGGAAGAAAUAAAUGGUUUUUAACAACUCAAAUCAAUGUAACAAAGAAUUUUUGUCGAACUUGUCUUCUUUGUAAUAUAAAUGGAGCUUAUAACGCUUCAUAUGAAGCAUUCAUAGAUUGUAGAUUUAUGUCGAUUAAUACUGCAUGCAAGACAAAAUGUAAAAACAUUCUUUUGUCAAAUUUCCCCCUUUUCUAUCCUGACGUUCGAUUUAUUUAUACGUUUACUCGUGAUAAAACACCUAUGUUAACAUGUUAUGACAAUGAUAAAUGUAAUCUCUAUCCUUCAAACUUCAAUUACUCUGGUUUAACUUGUCGUGAGACAACAACUUGUUUUACAAAAGAAAACGCGGUUAGUUUCGUUACAUCUCUUUCUCAUGUACGACGUGAUUUUACUCAAUUUAUUUCGUAUAUGCGUCUCGUUUUUUCUGCAUGUGCACUUCCAUCACCGAUGAUCGGAUGGAAUUCAUCAAAACUCUACUCAUGUCCAGAUUCAUGCCGAUUGAUAUCUUUUCACCGUGUCGCAGACCAUUUCUACGAUUGUCCGAAUUCAUUGACUGAUGAAACAUACGAAGGAAAUCUUUGCCGUCAGAAUUUAUCAACACUACCAGCAACGGAAGGACGUUGUGAAGACGGAUCAGAUCGAAUGUAUCCAUUUAUAUGUCGACAUCGAACCAAUAUUGGAUGUCAAUAUCUACGUAGUUUGAAGAUUUCCAAUAAAUAUUUUCUCUUCCAGGAAAUCUGUAAUGGCCGAGUUCAUCCCGAACUUAUCGAAGAUGAAGAUAAUUGCGAUGAAUGGAAACGUAAUUGUAAUCCGGUCUAUCAAAAAUGCAAUCAACUUCUUAAUUCAUCAACUUAUGAGUCAUGUAUACCGAUGUUAUGGGCAAAAAAUAGCAAAACCAAAUGUUAUGUGGGUGUCAAUGAAAAUAAUUAUUGUCAACGAAAUUAUCCAAACGAUGACCAUAAAGUCUUUCGUUGUUUUAAUGAUUCGAAAUGUAUUGAAUUUCAAGAUUUAUGCGAUGGAGUCUUUCAUUGUCCAUUUCAUGACAAUGAAACCAUUUGUUUAGAUAAAAAAAACAAUACAAAAUGCCCGUAUGGAACUUAUCCUUGUGAUAUAAAACAAAGCUACUGUGAACCAAAACAGAAUCAAUGUGAUAGUCGAGUAACAUUGUUUUCUAUUGAUAAUCAUCGUCAAUAUCCAUCGGUGAAAUCUCCGCGACCAAUAAAAGAUGUUGAAAGAAAAACUCGUAGUUGUCGCGAUGUGAAUCCGUCUACAUUGAAUAAAUAUCGUUGUCAUCGAGGAAUUGUUGUUAAUUCGCCCAUUGAUGGUGAACAAUGUUUAUGUUCACCCGCAUAUUAUGGUCGAACAUGUGAAUAUCAAUCCGAACGAAUUUCUAUUGCGUUAAAUAUUCGAUUAAAUACUCGACAAACAUCAUCAGAAAUUGUUUACAAAUUAUUAAUUCGUCUUCAAACAUUAUCGAAUAUGUUUUUUGACUCUACUGAACUUUAUUACGCAACAAUAUUCGAUACUGUACCCAUUUAUAAACAAGUUGUUUAUCUUCGAGCACCACGAUUGUAUGAAAUGUAUUCGAUUGUCAUUGAUGUGUUUCAGAUAUCGAAAACAGAUGUUGAGUAUCAUUCAUCGUUUUAUUAUAAGAUUGCUUUUCCAUUUCUACCUGUUAAUCGACUUGCUACGAGAAUAAUUCUUACCGAUCGAAUCAUUUCCAAAGUUCAAUGUGAAAAAAAUUGUACUGAAAAUGGGCAAUGCCGUGUUUACUCCAAUCGUGUUGAGGAAUAUUAUUGUUUAUGCCAUUCGGGUUGGUCAGGAGAAUUUUGCCAAAUCAAGCAACAAAUAUCUUGUUCACCAUUAUCAUUCGCAUUUCAUUCUCAUUGUAUUUGCCCAUUGAAUCAUUUAGGACGAUACUGUUAUGCACAUGUUGAUAUUUGUCGCAGAUCAUCCUAUUGUCAAAAUAACGGUACCUGUAUUUCAGUCGAUCUUCGAACUAAUAAUGUAGUUUGUAUAUGCCUUCCAAAUUUUCACGGUCAAUAUUGUCAAGAGUCCUCUGCUUAUGUCAAUAUUACAAUGAACAAUAUGUGGCGCGAAGAUCGUACAAAAACUCAUAUUCCUGUUGUUAUUGUUCAUAUGGCGUCUCUGAGCAAUCGAUUAGCAGCUGCUUCAACGUUCAAUCGUUAUAUUUACAAAAAUGUUUUACUUGAUUCGAAUAUAAUUAGUUUUUCCGAAACAGAUACUCUACCAACAUUUGUAUUCGUUGAAAUUUAUUUCGAUACAAACACUCGGAAAUCUUAUCACCUCGUUACUGUGAUGCGAAAAUUCGCAGCAAAUGUUAGAACCAGUAUUUUACCAUCCAAUCGUUGUUAUCAAGUAGAUGAAUUAUUAGAUUCAUCGAUUAUGUCGUUAUCGUAUAUCAAACGUAUCAAAUACUAUAAUCGUCCUUGUGAUAUUCUUGAUGUUCGAUGUUUCUACGAUGAAUUUCACGUUUGUCUUUGUAAUAAUAAUGCUUUUCUUGAUUGUGUUCGAUUUGAUCAUUCAAAAAGUUCUUGUCCAACUGACGAGGUAACUUGUUUGAAUGAUGGUCGAUGUUAUCAACCGAUGCAAACAACGAUCAAUUUCGAAUUUGCUUGUGUUUGUCCGCGUUGUUACUUCGGAGAUCGAUGUCAGUUCACAAUGACUAAAUACACCAUUCCUUUAGACGCUCUACUCGAUCAACAUAUUCUUAUUGGCAGAUCACUCUCGGAACAAUUACCACUUAUUCAUUGGAUGGUGGCCAUUGUUGUAAUUCUUGUUGUUGUCGGCUUCCUUACUAAUGGACUUUGUAUUCUUACAUUCGCGCAAAGAACGACACGUAAAUUAGGAUGUGGAUGGCAUUUGUUGAUUACUUCAAUUGUGAGUCAGUUGGGAAUCGUUAUUUUUGGAAUAAGAUUGAAUUCGUUUGGUACAACGAACAAAACAUUCUUGUCACUAUCCUGUAUUUUAUUGGAAUUUUUCUUAUCGAUUUUACCAACGAUUAACGAUUGGUUAAGCACUUGCGUUACAGUGGAAAGAACAAUCAUAGCUGCGCAUGGUGUAAAAUUCAACAGAAGGAAAAGUGUUUAUUAUGCGAAGAUUGUUAUUCUAAUUGUUGUAGUGAUAAAUGUUGUAAGUGCGUUGCAUAAGCCGUUUCAUCACCGUUUAGUCAUCGACUCCCAGCAUGGAAAUGACGUAUUCGCGUGUGUUGCUAAUCAUUCUCAACAACAAUGGAUGAGUUUAUAUGAAAUUACUAUCAAUUUAUUUCAUUUCAAUAUUUGUUUUAAUAAUAAUUCUCGUGCGUCGUAA